AUGAAUGCGGAUGACGUAGAUAGGGAAAUUGUUGAAAACGGUCUCGGAAUAUAUGAAAUGCCAGCAGAUGAGGUACAAGAAACUCCACAGGAAGAAGUUCAGAUACAACCAGACAUGGAAGAAAUAGUUCAGCAACAACAGCUAGAAGAGCCUGAAGGAAACGAACAAGUCCUUCCUUUGGAAACUAACUUCACAGAACUAGAUGAAGAUUUGGAACAGCCGAAAAAUCUUGACCCUCAACAAGAGUAUGCGGAGAAUAUGGAAUAUUUCCAAGAGUCUAAAAAAAAUUCGGCUGACAUAGUAGAAGAAUAUCGAAAAAUGUUUGCCGACAUACAAAAGACUCCAACAUCAGAUGAAAAUAUCCAGCAUAGAAUGGAAGAACUGAAAAAAAAUGUACACAAAUACAACAACCCUUUUUACUUACGAGCAUUUAACGUUCAAUCUUCGGAUGAACUCGGUGAAAAUAAAAGGUUAAAUUUCAAGAAAACAUAUAGAAAUGAAACAUUGUUUAAAGUUCAUUCAGAACCUAACCAAGAUGGAAACAAACCUACUUUUGUUUCUGCAGACGAUGGAACUACAAUGAGAUGGGGUCAUAAAGCUAAUCCGGAUAGGUGGUUCAUAAACUUACAACCACAAUUCCAAGAAGUUGUAGACGCAAUGGAAGUCAAUGGUGAACCAGAUAUAGCUGGUAUUUUCAGCGCGGCUUUAAUGCCAUUGAAAGAUAUGAAAGAUGCAGAUAUUUUGGACCAGUAUGAAAUGAACAUGGCUGAUGGAAAUAUAACACCUGACGUUCUAGAACAUUUAUCUCAAAGAACUACACAGAACCAUAAAGAUGGUAUAUUUGGUGAAGAGUUUAGAAAGAAAGUUAGGGAGAGAGAAGGAAGAGAACCUAUUGUACAUGACCUUGCAAACGAAAGUUUACAAAAUGUCAUAAAAACUUACUUUGCAGACGAUGA